GGAAACUUUAGAGGUCUAGUAGCAACAUCCUGCUUUUGUUAAGCCGUUAAAGACGAUUUUAUCACAGAAACUUAUAGUUAUUUGAAGUCUUUAAGUAUCUUGUGGACUUUCAGAAACUGUAAAUCUCGGUUAAAGCAGACAGAAUGGCCUCAGAGGAGGACCUGUGCUGUCCCGUCUGUAGGGAGGUUUUCAGAAACCCGGUGUUUUUAUUUUGUUCUCACAGUUUCUGUAAAGACUGUGUUCACCGCUGGUGGAGUCACAAGACUAAGAGAGAGUGUCCUGUCUGUAAAACCGUGUUUUCAGGCGGCAAUCCUCCGUCUAACCUGGUUUUAAAGAACCUCUGUGAAGCAUUUUUAUUAGAGAAAGACCGAAGAGCCUCAGAGUCUCUCUGCUGUCUCCAUCCUGAGGAGAAGCUGAAACUGUUCUGUCUGGACCACCAGGAGCCGGUCUGUCUGAUCUGCAGGGACUCGGAGAAACACCAUGGACACGGAUUCAGACCUUUGGGGGAAGCUGCUCAGGAACCGAGGAAGAAACUUCUGGAAACUCUGGAAAACCUGAAGGAGAAACUUAAACUUUCAGAGACCGUUAGAGUCAAUCUCGAUGAAGCCAAAGAACACAUUCAAGUCCAGGCUCGACAUACAGAAGCACAUAUUAAGGAACAGUUUCAGAAGCUCCGCCAGUUUCUGGAGGAGGAAGAGGAGGCGAGGCUGUCCGCGGUGAAGGAGGAAGAGGAGCAGAAGACUCAGAGGAUGACGGAGGUGAUGGAGGCUCUGAGCAGAGAGGUAGACGCUCUAUCAGAGGCGGUCAGAGCGACUGAGGAGGAGCUGAGGAACGACGACGUCACAUUUCUACAAAACUACAGAGCUGCAGAGCAGAGAGCCGAGCAGCGCCUCCUGCUGGAGGAUCCACAGCUGCCUCCUGGAGCUCUGAUGGACCAGGCCAAACACCUGGGCAACCUGGGCUUCAACAUCUGGAUCAAGAUGAAGGACAUGGUCUCCUACACCCCUGUCAUUCUGGACCCAAACACAGCUGGUCCAAACUUCAUCCUGUCUGAAGAUCUGACCUAUGGGAGAGGAGAGUGGGGCAACAAGACUCCUGACAACCCAGAGAGGCUGGCUGUCCCACGGUGCGUCCUCAGCUCUGUGGGCUUCGACUGGGGGACCCACAGCUGGGACGUGGAGGUCGGAGACAGUGAAGGGUGGUCUCUGGGUGUGUUUGCAGAGUCUGGACCCAGGAAGGGAGACAUAGAGGCGGCUCUGUGGAGGAUACGCCUCCAAAAAGGUCAGUACAGAGCCUACUCACCUAUUUCUCCAACCGUUCUUCUCUCAUUGAGGGAUCGGCUCCUCAGGGUCAGAGUGAAACUGGACUGGACCAGAGGGAAGCUGACGUUCUCAGACCCUGACUCCAAUGAAAACCUUCACACCUUCAGAUACCCGUUCACUGAGAAGAUGUUUCCGUUUAUCGGAUGUACUGACAAAAUAAAGAUUUUACCUCGAAAGGUGCAAGUGACUCAAAAAAAAGAUCCAGCACACUCCUUAGUCAGGAGAUAAUCGUUACUUUAUACAAGGCUGAUAUUUCAGAGACUAUCAUAAACUGGACAGAGGUUAUCCAGAAUAUUCAGUACCUCACAUUUUAAGACAAUCAUUCUGCUGUUUAGGUUUGAAAUAUUCUCAUUUGGGAAUAUUGUCAAUGUUUUUGUGCAACUGAGGUAAUGUGCAGGAGAUUCCCUGCAAUUUUUGGGAAUUGGAAACAAUAAAUAUCUCAAUACUUUUAUUUUUACUGCAUGGGAUUUAAAAUAUAUUGAUACAUUUUUAUUUUACAAAAUCGAUUUUACCUGAUUAAAAGAUGGACAACAUGAAAGCUCCCUAAAAGUGAAGCCAAAACACAAGGAGCUCCCCCUACUGGCUGACUAUGUCAAAAACGCUGCUUCCUCCAUGUUAACAGAUGGGACAUUGAUCGAACUUUAAAAUCAGAAUAUAAAUCUUAAAAAUGUUUCUCAUUUAUGGUUUCUGUCAUCUUAGUUGGUUCUUCUUAUGCCGAUUAAACCUCAAGUUUUCCUUUUUUUAUUUCUUAAUAGUUUAGAUGUUACAUGGCUGCAGAAUUUGAAAUGUUUUUGCUUUUAAUUAUGUGAUAACAAAUUUUACAUUUUUAUUCCUGAGGGAAUAAAGGAAUUUGGGGCGAUACUGUGACAAUGUGAAUGAAGAGUUUUAAAAAUGAGAGAAUGCUCAGAAUUCUUAACUGUGCCUUCUUCUAUUUUCACUGCUACUAAUUUAAAAUAACUAUUUUUAACUUUGAAGGGCCUUUUACACAAUAUAACAGGGAGAUUUUGAAAGUAUAAUUUAUGGAUGUACAGAAGUGACUAUAUUCACUGUAUUGUUUUACAUUCUUAACUUGCUCCUUUAACAUGUCAUUUUAUUUUUCUUUGUAUUUAACUUUAAUCAUCUAAAUGGGUGUUGAAAAAGGAGACCAGAGCUAU